CUGCUCAUGGCGCACGAGGCUGAGCGAAUGGUCGAGUCGCUCCGAACCUUCACGAUCGACGACGUGGGAUCCGCGCCGUGGAUGAAGCAGCGCGAAGCGCUGGAAAGGCUCAACGUUCAGGCGCAUCACAACGCGGUGAAUCACACCGACGAGUUCGUCAAGGAGUUCCUAAUCUCGCACGAUAAAAUCCACGUGCUGGUGCACGAGCUCCUCGUCGUGGAGGCGUGGAAGGAGCGCGUCUACCCGCACUUCGCCAAGAUCGAUCCGGACGCGAUGGACGCGGGGCUGACCAACUCGCAGGUCUACCUCGCGCACUACUGCGAGGCGACGCUGGUGAAUCUGCUCGAGAUUGCCUUCUUCCACCAGGACGCGUGCGAGGCUGCCGGAGACGACGCCUUACUCGAGCUCUGCGACUACUGCGCGCGCAGGCUCGUCUACCUCAACGACGGCGGGGCGUCCGAGGAUGCGCAGCUCCUGUCCCGCGCCAAACGCGAGCAAAAGUCCGCGAAGGACCUUCUGAACGCGCGCGCCAGCGAUGAGUUCGCGGAGAAGGAAGCGGAGGUGAGGUUCGGCACGGCGACGUGCGCGCUGACCGUGCUGAGGUACCUCACCGAUUACAUCAACGACGUGCCGCUGUGCGUCAUGGCCAGGUUGCUGGACACCCACGACGUGCAGAUGCUGCUGGUGCCCUUACUCGAGGAGCGCCCGUGGGUGCGCAGGGUCCCCGGCAAGAACGGCGGCCCCGUCGUGAACGAGAUCUUCGCCGACGGGCGGUGGGUGGAGCAACCGCGGGAGGAUCGGCUGCAGCUGACCAAGUGCGACGCGCAGACGUGGCUCGCGCUCAACAACCUCACCGUGGACGCCAAGUGCCGCGCCAAGUACCGGUACGACGACCACCGUAAGAACACGAUGAACCGGCUCAAGCGGUUCUUCAACGAUAUCCUCCUCGACCAGCUCCCCGUCCUCAAAGAUCUGCAGAGGGUCACGGACGAGAUCUUGCUCCAGGUGGCGCCCCCCGCGCACGAGGUGACGCAGGGUCGACUCAUCCUGGAGCAGGUCCCGGAGACUCGCACCCGGCUGCUCAAGCGCACCGAGAAGGAGUGGAUCGCGUGCGCGAGGGCACAGCUGUCGUCGCACUUCGCG